ACACGUCUGUGUCCCCUGGACGCCUGCCCUCUGAUACGUGACCAGCUUCUUGCUGGUCUUGGAAUGCACGGUAAACUCCACAAAACGGCCUGCUACAUGAAGCCACAUGCUUUCUGUCGCAAAUCAUAUGCUGCAGGACAAGCUGUGUGUGGAGGAAUAAGGACUCAUCCAUUGAUAGGAAGUUCACACACUAACAGACUGUGCCAUGGAUCAUGUGCUAAACAUUGCUGACAAUUACAUCUUCACCCCGUAUGUUUACCCAGCCUCAUGGCCCGAGGAUGGGGCUCUGCGUCAGAUAAUCAGCCUGUGGGUGGUGACCAACCUGGGAGCAGUGCUGAUUUACCUGGGCUUUGGUGCUCUUAACUUCCACUACGUGUUUGACCAUAAGCUCAUGAAACAUCCUCAAUUUAUUGAGAACCAGGUCAAAAAAGAGAUUAAACUAGCAAUGGUCUCCAUCUUCUGGAUGAGCUUCCCCACUGUGGCCCUUUUCUUCUGGGAGGUCAAAGGAUACAGCAAACUUUAUGACAACAUCAGCAAAUCUACUCUGGGUUGGCCCGGGGUCUUCCUGAGCAUUGCUGGUUUCUUGUUCUUCACCGAUAUGUGUAUCUACUGGAUACAUCGUUCCAUGCACCAUAAGAGCAUUUACAAGCACUUACAUAAGCAGCACCAUAUAUUCAAGAUCCCUACGCCUUUUGCAAGCCAUGCCUUCCACCCACUCGACGGCUUCCUGCAGAGCUUACCUUAUCACGUCUACCCAUUCAUCUUCCCCCUCCACAAGGCAGUCUAUCUCUCACUCUUUGUGUUUGUCAACAUCUGGACAAUUUCCAUACACGAUGGAGACUACCGCAUCCCCGGCCCCCUGAUAUUUCUGAUCAAUGGUGCUGCUCACCACGUAGACCACCAUCUCUUUUUCAACUACAACUACGGACAAUACUUCACGCUCUGGGAUCGUAUAGGGGGGUCCUACCGACACCCCUCAGCCCUGCUGCAGAGGGGGCCACAUGACAACGUUCGCUAGCUCAUGGCAGAGGCUGCACACAUACAGUGAUGAUGGAGCUGCUGUCAGGAUUUCUUCUUCUGGUUUAAAAUUCUCAGAAAGGUUCCUACAGAGAUGUAGUUGAUGAAGUUAUUUCAUAUAGAUAUUUAUAAAGACAACAACAUAAACACAAAACAAAUGCUAAAUAUAUAUUUUUUGCAUCACUUCUGCUUCGCUGGAACACACUGCA